CACCGGGCCCUCUCCUGCUGGCUUGCCAGCCCCGGCGCUUUCGGGGCAGGGCAAGUCCCGAGCAGCGCGCGGGGAUUUGGAGCUGCCCUGUGGCGGUCCCAGCGCCGGCCCGAAAGGCUGUUAAGGGAGAGGCUUGACCCAGCCCAGCUCGAGCAGGUCCCGGGCGCUCUUCCCCUCCCCCUCCUUCCUCCCCCACCCCCUGCCUCGGUGCCUGGAACAAUAGAGUGCGAGAGGAGCUGGCUCUGGGCUGCGCGCCCUCCCCUUCUCCCUCUCCCCGCCUCUCCUCCCCUUUCCUCCCGCCCGCCCUGAGCCAGAGGCAGAGCAGCCGCCGCCGGAGGAGCCGGUUCCAUGCCCCCUGGAGCCUCCUCUUGCCGCUGCUGCCGCCACCUCUUUCUCUUCCUCAGCGCGCAGUCCCGGCAUGGACGUUAGGUUUUACCCUUCCGCCCCCACCGCCGUUGGUUCUUUGCCCGGGGCCGACCCCCCUUGCUUGGGCCCCCUGGACUAUUACCACUGCAACAAGCUCUAGGGUGACUUGUCCAAAGUUUGAGAAACCUGGAGGCUAACAGAAUCUUGUGAAAAGUCCUAGGAAUACAAGGCAGCACUUGGUGAAAGUAGCUUCUGCCCAAGGGAACUUUUUUGAUUUUGUGGAACCCAGGCUGAAGAAUGACAAAAACAGGCCCUUGACUUCUCUAUAGGGGGAUAUAGAGAAUUGAACAUCAGGCCUAAAACAAAUCAUUUGACGGAGAGAACAUGUAUAUGGGAAUGAAUGACAAUAACCAGGAAUUCCUCUCAGCAAAUCAGACAUACAAUGGUCAGAAUGAAAAUAAUGAAGAUUAUGAAAUCCCUCCCAUUACUCCUCCUAAUCUCCCUGAUCCAUCCCUCCUUCACUUGGUGGAUCAUGAAACUGGAUAUCAUUCACUGUGCCACAGUCUCCCCCCAAAUAGUCUGAUACCAGCAUAUUCCUACCAGAAUAUGGAUCUGCCUGCUAUCAUGGUAUCUAAUAUGUUGAGCCAAGAUGGGCACCUCCUGUCUAGUCAGCUACCUACCAUCCAGGAGAUGGUCCACUCAGAUGCUACGUCCUAUGAGUCCAACCAUCAAGUUCCCCUGAUCAAUCGACCAGGGAUGUUAACCAGUCACAUGAGUGCCCUCAGCCAGUCACAGCUGAUUUCUCAGAUGGGUUUGAGGAGCGGUGUUACACAUGGUUCCCCAUCACCCCCUGGAAGCAAAUCUGCUACACCAUCUCCCUCCAGUUCUACUCAGGAAGAGGAGACAGAAUCACAUUAUAAGGCAACUGGAGAGAAGAGACCUUUGACAGAUCUGGGCAAGAAACCCAAAAACCAAAAGAAGAAGAAAAAGAAGGAUCCUAAUGAACCCCAGAAGCCAGUCUCUGCCUAUGCCCUCUUCUUCAGAGACACGCAAGCAGCUAUUAAAGGACAAAAUCCCAAUGCUACCUUUGGGGAUGUGUCAAAAAUCGUUGCGUCAAUGUGGGAUAGUUUAGGAGAAGAACAAAAGCAGGCAUAUAAAAGGAAAACUGAAGCAGCAAAGAAGGAAUAUCUCAAAGCUUUGGCAGCCUACCGGGCCAGCUUGGUUUCCAAGAGUCCAGCUGACCAAGGCGAAACAAAAAAUGUUCAGAGCAGCCAACCUUCAAAAAUGAUCCCACCCAAACAGCCCUUGUAUACAAUGCCACCACAAGCCUCGUCACCUUAUCCUGGCUUGGGCUCCUUCUUGUCCCCAUCAGAUCUGCAGAAUUACCGUGGUCACCCUCACCCCAGCCUCUCCAGGACCCUGAGUUCCAAACCUAUGUUGCCCAGUAUCAGUGCCUCACCUCCUCCUUCUUUCCAGAUUAGCCCCCCUCUCCAUCAGCAACUCUCUUUGCAUCACCCGCAGAGCUCCAUCCUCAACCAGCCCCUCAGCAUGCAGCAGGUCCCCCAGCAACCUAUUUUGUCUCCUUCUAUGGCACUACAGGUACAGCCUCCCAUGAAUUCUUCACCACCAGGCCAACAGGAUUUUUCACAUAUUUCAUCCGAGUUUCAGAACAGUGUUGGACCACGAUCACCUGGUGCAUCAAACCCUCCAGGAAAUACUGACUGGGACAACGAUUAUUCCAGCAGAGAGUGUGGGAUUAACCAUUGCAGCAUGCUGCCAAGGGACAAGUCACUCUACCUCACUUAAGCCCUGACAUCUCCAUUCUGCAAAGGUGAAAAGGAAGGACACUUAAGUGAGUCUGUGACACAGGCUACCCAGGUGGGCAUCAAGCAAGUCACAUGGAAAAGAGAGCAUGGCUUCAUAUCUUGAUUCUGAGAGCAGCCUGUCCUUUGUUUUUUUUCUUCUUCUAUCUUUUCUUCCUCCUUCUUCCUUCCUUUCUCUUUCUUCUCAGAAGUCUACUGUAUGUGGAAGCCAACCAUGCAUAGAUCAUAAAAGAGCAAAAUUUACAAAGGUUCACCCCAUCCCGCACGCAACUUUCUUGCUUGCUACCUAGCUAAGGACCAUUUUCCUAGCGAACUGCUUUUUAGAUUCAGCACAGACUAUGGCACAGCACUCAACGGCAUUAGGCUUGGCUCAGCUGGAGGAGACGCUCUUUUGAUGACUUGCUAAAAGGCACUAAACUUUGUGCAAGACAAAUGUGAAGUCUGUGUGAAUAUUGUACAUGCAAAAGGCCUUGAAUGUCUGGCAAAGAAUUAAAAUUCAAAAUAAAAAUAAAACUAUUGUUUGGAAGAUGGGUGGACAAAAUAGCUGGGAAGCAAAAGUGCAAAUAUGAGAAGGAAACAAUGUGAAAAAAAGACCAUGAAAAAUAUAAUUUGUUGGAUAGUUGUAAGUAGCUUACUUAAAUGUUUUAGAAGUGUGCUAAAGACAUCUUUAAAAUUCUUUUGUGGAAAAAAUAGUAGUUUACUUUAUAGUAAAAGCAUUUUAUAUUAAUUGUAGCACAUUUUUUUAGUUAUACAUAGAAUGAAGAUGUGUAUAAAAAACAAAUGGAAAAAAAAAACCCUGCCAAACUCGUUUCUAUUAUUUGUACAGCAAGAAAUGGACAAUUUAUAUCCAUGUUAUAUGGCAUUAUUAUAUUUUUUUCAGCCAUAUGUCCAUCUAUUUAAAAUUGCUGACAAGGAUUUUUGUCUAUUUAUGAAAAAAAAAAAUAGAAAGCAGAAUUACAGUUUAUGAAAAGUGCGUUUUCCAUGUUUUUUUUAAUUAUUUUUUAUUUUCUUUGUGGUGCUGUUUAUACAGUACCUGCACAUUUUGACUCACAAUGCUUAUCUUACCUUUCUUUAUAAUAAAACAUAAAAAAAAGUAGAAUCCAAGGCGUCACAUUCUUUUGUGGGUCAUACAAAAGUAUCACUCUGUGCUGCCAUUUCUCACCAAUGAAAAUAUGGUGGCAUAUGCUUUCAGGAGAUGUGUUUGCAUCACUUCUAUAGUUAUGGGAGUAUCUGGGCACACGUGGAGUUCUUUUGCUCAUAAAGAUUUCUUUCUUCUCUUUAAUGGAGGAUUAAGAACACACAAAGUGGAUGCAUUUACAGAAUUGCUCUUUGUUUCAAAAUACACAGGAGAGCCUCCAUCAUCACACAACACAGAAAAGCCCAGAGUAUCUUAAAUGCUAAUACAUUAACUCUAGCCCAAGUUUUAAUGGACUGAAUCUGUCUAUUGAGAUGGAUCUGCUUACUCAGGAAUUCUUGUGUGUAUCAUGCAUAAGGCUCUGAAUAAUAACUAUAUGCUUUAAGGAAGAGUUAAGCACCUUUCAAUAGAUGAACUUUGGCUACGUUCGGAUCACCAUUUUAAUUAGUUGCUCAUACAUAAAACUUUGACCCAUGGUACACUUCUGCAAGAAUACUAGCCAGCACUUCACUUUUCCAAAGGAGAUGGUGGACUUGGGGACCCUGGUGUUUUUGUUUAUCUAUAUCAUUUUUAUUAAGAGUUUUUAUAUAAAUAAAAAAGCAAAUGUAAAGUAAAAUAUGAAAAAAGAAACUGCAAAAAGCAAAGUAGUAUCAGAAAAAUGUUAUCUUUGACCUUCUUUUAAAUAGUUAUAAACAAAUUCAUUAUCCCUUCCCUUUUUUCACAUUACAAGAAUCUCUUCAGCCCCUUAUUUAGUCCUUUUUCAAUCAUCAAAACCAUAAAUCCUCACUUCAUUUUUUUCCCUUUUGAGAAAAAAGUGCAUAAAGAUUUUUUUAGUCAUUUAUAAAAGUAUUUCUGACUAUACAGAUCUUUUUUGGCCAGUUCUGACAUCUUUACAAUCCAUUCCUUCAUUGUGGGAAUUUCAGGGUUUCUCCAUCAACCUGCAUUAAAAAUCUUGGUUGGAACUUGAUGUUUUUGUCCGUGAGCAGAUCCAUGGAGAAUCUAAAAUGGAAUACAUGCUUUUGACAAUCGGUUGACCUUUAAUCUCACAUUUGAGAGUGAUGGUGCAGACUUCAAGCAUGAGAAAAAAAAGAUCUCUAGAUGUUCUAUUAUCUAUCCAUAGAGAUAUUUUUUCUACAUCUGUGUGAAAACUGUUUUUGAUAGUCAUAUUAUAGAUGUGGACUGACACACAGAAGCAAAUCCCAUCAAGUUUGUCGGACUUACUUCCGGGUAAGUGAAUAUACAAGUGUAGCAUUAGAUACAACAUUACAUUUAAGCUAUUUUUAUUCAUUAAUGGCUCAGACUAUGUUCUCGUCCUGACAUAAAAUCAAUGGUUUUCCUCUCAAGGUUUUGACGUGAGAAUAAUACUUCUGUAGAAUUUUUUGUAUACCAGCUCUUUAUGCCAUUGCUCCAAAUAUUUCCAUUUUCUUUUUUAAGGAAAUAGAAUAGCUGUAGUGCAUGGGGUGGAGGUUGCUGUUAAGAAACUGAAUAAGUAUUAUUUUCCACAGUUUAAAAAGUUUAAUUGGCUUAUUCAUAUCUUUCAAAUUCAUUCAGCAUGGCAGGCAGGGUUGGCUCUAGAUGCUUUGGCACCUUAGGCAAAGUCUCAUUUGGGCAUCCUUUAAGGUUUUGGUCAUCUAAUUCUUUUAGGAAUUUCCAAAAUUGUGUGAAUGUGUGUGUGUGUGCUUUAGUUUUACACAUGAUUUUUUUUUUUUUGCCCCAAUUUUUUUUUCUUUUCUGGGACAUUUUCACCCUCUUUUCACCACAAAAUUACAUUUGACAUGUUUUGUCAAAUAUAUUUAAUGUAUUCGUUAAUCCUCACUGAAAAUUGCUGAAAUUGAUGCUUGCUAUGUGUAAGUUGGUAAAAGAAUGUUGGAAAUCUUUGAGAUGAUUUUCUUAGGGCACAUACAGAAAGAUGGUUGUACACGAGAAACCAUAACUGAGGUUUCCAAUCACAAGCCAUUUUCAUGCAUCCUUGUGUCAGUGGCCUUGCGUCUGUGGACAUGGAAAUGCCAUUCUAGCAGUGAAUGCCCUUUUUGUAUAUCACUGCCUGGUGCUUGAAUAGAUGGCCUGUGCAAUCAUACCGGAAAUUCUAGGUACAUCCUGCAUUCUACCUCUUGAGAUCCUGGGAGAAGAUAAGAAUAUGCCAUUAUGAGUAUGAAAACAUGCUAAAGUGCAGCCUUAUCAAAAUAUCAAAACUAAGAAUUUUGAUGACAGUGGAGCUUUGCUACAUGACAUAACAAAAACACAAAGAAAUACUAGCAAUCAUAACCAAUGUAUUACUUUUUGAAUCUGUGCAGAGGGAAAAAGGAUGUUAACUUAGGCAUCAACGUGAGGGAUGACACAAAUCCAACAGAAAAGAAUAUAGAUGCUUUUCUAUACAGGGCAGAAUGAGGGCAAUUGUCCUGGACCUUAUACAUGGAGGAGAUCCCUUUGCAAAAUAGCUCAAUAUUUGAAGCUAUUAGAUGAAAUAUUCCAAGUGUUAUUCCAAUAUUUCUGAAAUUCUGCACACAUUCCUAUUAAAGUAUAAAACAGGAAAAAAAACAGAUUACCAUGAAAUGCUAUGAAAUAAAAUUGGGGGGGGGAGCUGCUCAAAUGAACAUUCCAGCUUUGAGCAUGCCAGAAUUUUUAAAGCGCCCAGGGAACACAAAGCCCAUUCUAUCAUUAUUUGUUAGAUCACACAUGACAGUUCAUGUGUGUAGUAGCUAUUUGCUUCCCAGCGAAGUAGAUUUAUAUGCUUUCUGCCACUGCACUCAGGGCAACUCAUUGUUCAACAAUGUUUACACUUUACAGUGUUUUAGUUAACAGUUUAAUGGAUGGGAUAGAAGAAGGGAAAGGAAACUUUUUUUAAAAAAGCAACUUCUAUAAUGGUGAGGAGGACGUAGCUACAAAUGAUGAAGUCCUAGCCUGGCCUAGGAUGGAAUGAAGGAAAUAUCUCACUGUCUCACUUCUGGUCCUGACCUGGUGGAAUUGCUAUGGAUAAUUGCAGUUCUCUGAACAUCUGCCUUGCUAAUUGGUUGUGCUUUAUUUCUGCAUCUUGAAUUACUACUUCACAAAGCCACCUUUUUUCAGCCAGGCACCAUUCAGGCCUAUUGAUCCAAUCAAGUUUUGUAUAAAAGUAUCAGAACACAUUUAUUCAUCUGCGCAGGACUGGAUUAGAUUUUAAAUUUAUACUGGUUUUAAUGGGUUUUAUUAUUUAUAUUGCUUUUUUAAUAAUUCGGCCAUGUAGAAUAAGUUUUUUAACUGUUGUUUUUAGUCUGUAUUUGUAUGUACU